UUUCCUCCAGUUCUUCUCGGUCGAGUCCCGCCUCUUGACUUCCCUCAGAACCCCUUUCCCCAACUCCUAAGUCAUUUUUGAAGAUCGGGAAGUUGAUAAACCGCGAGGCCCGCUGCUGCUGAGAGACGGACGGUGGCUCGGUUGGGGCAGUCGCCAGGGAUGGCGGAACGUGAGGAUGGAGCGGGUGUCCGGGCUGCUCUCCUGGACGCUGAGCCGAGUUCUGUGGCUCUCAGGCCUCUCUGAGGCGGGAGCUGCCCGGCAGCCCCGGAUCAUGGAAGAGAAAGCGCUAGAGGUUUAUGAUUUGAUUCGAACUAUCCGGGAUCCAGAAAAGCCCAAUACUUUAGAAGAACUGGAAGUGGUAACGGAGAGUUGUGUGGAGGUUCAGGAGAUAAAUGAAGAAGACUAUCUGGUUAUUAUCAGGUUCACACCAACAGUACCUCAUUGCUCUUUGGCAACUCUUAUUGGGUUGUGCUUAAGAGUAAAACUUCAGCGGUGUUUGCCAUUUAAACACAAGUUGGAAAUCUACAUUUCUGAAGGAACCCACUCAACAGAGGAAGACAUCAACAAGCAGAUAAACGACAAAGAGCGGGUGGCAGCUGCAAUGGAGAACCCCAACUUACGGGAAAUCGUGGAACAAUGUGUUCUUGAGCCUGACUGAUAGCUGCUUUAAGAGCCACUGAACUGUACUUGUUAUAUUUGUUUUACCUUUGCAAAAUGUAAAAGACUCAUGUUUAAUACAUAGGUGAUUUGUACCUCAAAGUAUUUUAUAAAAGAUUAUUUCCAAACAAGUUUUAAUUACAAGGUAGGACCUAACUUGUUCAGUAAAUAACAUCCUCAGGAUUUGUAACACUGAAAUGAUCAGACAAACCUAUUUUCUAGUUACUGUGUAUAAGAUGUGUUACUAUUUUUCUGAUACCCAUUCUGAUACAGCUACUUUUUGUGUCAAAUAUUACCAUGUCUAAAUGUAUUCAGUUGAAAUCAUUAUUCUAAAAUAAAUGAUUCUUAUAAUGA